AUGAGUGAAAAUGUUUUGAGAACUAACAUCAAGAGGGCAAUUCAUAGCAGCAACCCUGGAAAUGGAGCAGGUAGGAGGCACCAGAACAAAAUUUCCCAGCCAUGGAUCAAUGCAAAACUGUACCCUUAUUAUCUUUCAUCAGCUCGUGCCAUUCUCCAUCAAACAAUCCCCUCCGUUCAAGGAACUCCCUCUGCAAAUAUCAGUGAAAGUCAAGGUUUGUUGGGUUGCCGUUUGGAUGCCUGA